CUAACACACACGCAUACCGCCUAACGUCAAACGAACCACAGUCGAGUGUGCGUGCGUUUGUGUGCGUGUGUGUGCGCAAAGGUUUCUCCGUUUGUUCGCUGGCUGUUCGAUUUUGUUAAUUCAGAAAAGAAACGCGUGAAUCAAGCCGACCAGGAUGUCGUCCGGUGAUCAACAAAUGUCCACCGCCACUACGGGGCAGCCCCACCUACAGCAGCAGGACCUUUCCAAACUGGACAUUACCAAGCUGACACCGCUCUCGCCGGAAGUGAUAUCGCGACAGGCUACUAUUAACAUCGGUACCAUCGGCCAUGUAGCGCACGGUAAAUCGACAGUCGUGAAGGCCAUCUCCGGUGUCCAGACGGUUCGUUUCAAGAACGAACUGGAGCGUAACAUUACAAUUAAACUGGAGAACCUGUCGAAAAGUUUUAUCGAAACAUUGCAAUCCGAUGCGAAAGUAAUGGAAGCAUAUCUGCACAAGAUGCACGAACAAUACAAAUCACCGUACAACCACGGUACAUCUCAUAGCAAUAAGCACACACCUAGCCGAAAGCGCAAGCUCUCACCCAACGGACUGCAGACAAGUCCGACAAACAACGGCGAAACGCAACGCAUGAAGCAAGCAAAGAUUAUGGACUUUUUCCACAUGUCGCCGCCGGAAAGAAUUACACAACCGUCGUUGCACGCUAGCAGGGAACGGGCACGAAGGAAGUCCUGUCCGGCCGCGCAGGGAAAUUUCUCCGGUACGCACAUACCCAAACCGAACGGUUUCCCUAAACGUAUGUCCUGCUCGAUUGAUAAGGUGAAGAAAGAGGUAGAUGAAAGUGAAGACGGCUCUCGCUUUGACGUACCCACGGACACACGUUUAGCAACCAUCAACCAGGAGCAGGCCACACCCGACAAACAGAACAUUAAGGUAGAAUGUUCCGAUGAAACGCCGGACGCAAUGUCCUCGAGCUCACAGGUGGAAAAUGGUACAGAAACGCCCAAGACAACCGCUUCUGUAAAGGUGGAAAAUGGGACAGACACACCGGUCACACCCGUUGCUAGAGAUAACUCCAACGGUUUGUUGAAAGUGAUGUCAGCAGCGAAACCAUCGCCCAAAACGUCAACACCCAAGACAACCGCUUCUAUUAAGGUAGAAAAUGGGACUGUCUCACCCGCCACACCCGUAUCUAGAGAUAGCUCCAAGGGCUUGUUGAACGUGAAGUUAGCAGCGAAACCAUCGCCCAAAACGCCAGCAACUGGUGAGCGCAAUUCUUCCCUCUCUGCUGGGAAAUCCACCCCCAAGCGCAAGAGCACUGGCGGUGGAAGCAACUCAAAACAGAUCAAAAAGUCGGCAACGACAUCAAAAGAGUAUACGGUGGAGAACAUCGAAGACAUUCAGCUGGUCGGAAAUUCGCCAUUCUUUCUUGUAAAGUGGCUUGGAUACACCUCGAAAGACAACACCUGGGAACCGCUGAACAAUGUAAACUCCUGUGCGAUGUUGGACAGCUUCCUCUCCGCUCAGAUGUCCCUGCUCGAAGAGUGGGUGGAGCCCCUACAGGAAAAGAUAAGGAGCUCACCGGAGUACUUGGAAUCUCUGGAGAGGCAGGGCAGCAAGACGUACCAGGAGAUUCUGCUCGAACACAAGGAAUACGAUUGGGAUCAGCUGCGGGCCGAUUUGAUCAUUAUGGCCAAACUGUGGAUGAACCGAGGCCGCAACAAGCUGAUCUGGGAACGCAUCACGAGGCUCAUGUGCCGCGAGUUGUCGUACGCGAAGCGGUGCGAGCAGCUGGAAGAAUUGCGACGGUUCGAGAAGCACAUCAACGACCACGAACCAACGCUCCGUGUCGUGGUGGAAAAUGAGCACGAUCUCGACGCGCCGCCAAACAACUUCACCUACCUGCAGGGGAACAUUCCCGCCGAAGGGAUCUCCAUACCGAACGAUCCUCCGGUCGGUUGCGAGUGUAAUCCGUGCACCGGACGGAGCACAUGCUGCGGCAAGCUGUCCGAGGGCCGGUUUGCGUACAGCGUCAAGAAGCGGCUGCUGCUGCAACCCGGCGCACCCAUCUUCGAGUGCAACAAAAAGUGCAGCUGCGGCCCGGACUGCCUGAACCGGGUGGUGCAGAAUGGCGGCAAAUGCAAUCUAACUCUGUUCAAAACGCCCAACGGACGGGGCUGGGGCGUGAGGACCAACACCGUCAUCUACGAGGGCCAGUACAUUUCCGAGUACUGUGGCGAGGUCAUCUCGUACGAUGAGGCGGAAAAGCGGGGCCGCGAGUACGACGCGGUCGGCCGGACGUACCUGUUCGAUCUGGAUUUUAACGGUACUGACAACCCGUACACACUGGACGCAGCCCGUUACGGUAAUGUGACGCGCUUUUUUAACCAUUCGUGCGAUCCGAACUGUGGCAUCUGGUCGGUGUGGAUCGACUGUCUCGAUCCGUACCUGCCCCGGCUGGCCUUUUUCGCCCAGAGACGCAUCGAGAUUGGCGAGGAACUCACGUUCAACUAUCACGCCCAGGUGAGCCCGAACAACGUGUCGAUAAAUGGUGGCAGCGGUGGCGGUGGCCCCCCGAUGGACGGUGACAGCAGUACCGGUGGUGUGGUGGAGGAGAAACCUGCCGAGAACGGAGACAAGGCCACUACUGCCAACGGUAGCGUGCGGAAUACCAAAGGCGUUACCGAGUGCCUGUGCGGCAGUGCCAAUUGCCGAAAGUUCAUCUUCUGAGAGGUGUGAAAGUGCUACUGCAUUUGUUAUUGUAUGAACAUUCUGAUUUUGAUUAUUUUCGUUCUGUGUAUAGCGCCUCUUGUACACUUAUUUCAAUAUAGGAUAAUCAUUUUUCUGAAAUGAAAAUGAACAAAAUAAAACUACAAAUACUCUUUUA